AUGGAGGCCCUGGGAGGAGUCAGUAACUUGGACUCAGGGACUGGGGAGGACUUUGGUGGAAACGUGCAUCUACGCGGCCCCGUCACACCCCCACCCAGUUCCCACCGAUCUCCUACGCAAAGACCCAACCCAGGCACCUUCCCCCCCUGUAAGGAGGAUUCGGCAGAGGGAAGAAACAACAGCCGCCAUCUUGUUUGUGUGCUAGGCUUGGGGGGGAGAGAGGGCGAGAGGGAGCGGGCGAGAGUGGGCAAGCGGGACGCCGGGCUGAGCGACCCCCAGCCCCCUCCCGCCCGCACACACCCCCACCGCGGCCCGGGAGCCGGGCCGGCGUCGACGCCUAAGGGGGGACCAUUACAUAACCCCGCGCCCCGCGGCGCCUUCGCCCGCCGUCGAGGGCGGCCCCGAGCGGAGCCCCGGGGGGCGGGCGCUCCCGGCACCUGGCCGCUGAGGGUGGGGGCCGUAGCGGCGGCCGUAUUUAUUUAUUUUUUCGCGGGAGGGGAGGGCGAAGGAAGAGAGAGCGCGGCGCGAGAGGAAGCCGCCUGCGCCGCUCGCCAGAAGCGGGGCCUCCUCGGUGGGCUCGGCGUCGGCGCGGGCAGGCGGCGCUGCUCAGCCCGGCCCCCCUCGGCCCUCUGGGCCGGCGAGCUCCGCGCCCGGCGUCCUCGCCGCGCCUCCGCCGCGCGAUGUGAAGCGGUGGCGCCAGCCUGGCUCUCGGCUCGGGCGAGCUCUUUGCGGCCAUUAGGGGCCGGUGCGGCGGCGGCGCGGAGCGCGGCGGCAAGAGGAGGAGGAGGAGGGUUCGGAGGGUGGGGGCUCAGGUCCGGGAGGGGGCACCGGGAGGAGGUGAGUGUCUCUUGUCGCCUCCUCCUCUCCCCGCUUUUCGCCCCCGCCUCCUUGUGGCGAUGA